ACGAUCUGUUGUCUUUGGAGGCAGACGUAGUAUCGACGAUUGUUUGAAUAAUGUAUCCAAUGUCAAAGAGUUUUAUAUAAAUAAGUAACUUUGCAGAUUUUUUUAUGAGCAAGAAUUGUAAGUGCUGUCAACAUGGGAAACUUUGCUUAACUACCUAAUAGUUAUUGGAAAAACAGCAGUUAAAAUGAUAACUAUUGUAUUGAAUUUUCAAAACAGGAAUCUGCCGAUAAUAAAAUUGUCAUUGAGGAAUAACCACAACAAAAGGAUUGUUUUAAAGACGAUUUUCAUCAGCUUUGAAAGAAUUGGAAAACAUUCUUAUUUAUCGAUGACAAUUGAGCUGAACAAUGAAAAACUUUAUACAAUGAAAUUUUCCUGGAUCAGUGCAAAAACUGUACCUUGAUUUUUGUGGUUAUUAUUUCACUGCAGUAUGAAACAUUCGGAAUAUUUUUUAUUUUUGUCAGAUGCAAUCACAUUUCCAGUGAAUAUUAUCGAAGAUGUCAAUGGGAGUACGCUAGCGCCAAACAUUCAAGGUAACAACUCGUCCAAACCAGUAGAUGAUGUUCAGCACUUUGUGCACUACAUUCUAUACGUUAUUGGCGUGCUGGUCACAUCUGCUACAGUAAUUGGCAAUGUCCUUGUUAUCAUCGCUGUAAUCAGCGAGAAACGUCUGCGAAAAGUUGGUAAUGUCUUCAUAAUCAAUCUCGCAGUCAGUGACUGUCUUGUGGGGAUUUGUGUUAGUCCUCUCGCAAUCACUUAUGAUAUAACUGGUGACUGGCUUCUUGGUGAUAUCAUGUGUGAUAUAUGGGUGUCGUUGGACGUAAUAUGCUGCACAGCAAGUAUUUUAAAUCUGUGUGCAAUUGCUUAUGACAGAUACAAAGCUAUCACUAAGCCAAUGACUUACGCACGUCAAAGAACAUUUUCUCGAGCAUGGUGUGUGGUUGCAUUUGUAUGGAUUUAUUCUUUUUUAAUUGCGCUUCCUAGAUUUCUAGGUUGGAGGAAAACGAACGAAUUGGAGUUAAUUAAAAGUUGUUUUGUAAGCAAAGAAAUUGGUUAUACGAUGUAUUCAACAUUUGGUGCUUUUUUCCUCCCACUCUUGUUUAUGACGUUCUUCUAUUAUAAAAUAUACUGCGCAACAUGUACAAGACGAAGGAGCUGGACAUUACACCGCGGCAGUUUUAAGUUUAUUUCAGAAAAUGAAAGGUUAGAUAAAGGGAAGGUUACAUCAUGCUUUCUGUGUGAAAAGCUUCCUUGUUUCCCAGAAGAACAAACUGUGCCUCCUACCACUAAUGAACAGUCCACUCAGACCUCUAACUAUGAAGUUUGCAACACGGUUAACAUUACGGAAACUGACGAGGACAACCGAAGAGAAAGUAUCGAACCGGAAAUCCUGGCAAUUUUUCAAAUGAGACAGCGAUCACAAAGAAUAUUUUCUAACGCUACAGUGUCAAGCUUUGGGUCUACGUUUUAUUCUUCAACUGAUUCAUCAAACACUGCCACGACGUCAUUCUCUGAGAGCAGUGACAGAAGUAGCAGUAUAAGUACUGAAUGUCGGGAUCGUAGUUACAGCGCAUGCACUACCGGAAGUAGAAGUUUCAGUUCCGGUGCAGAUACUGCCAGGAGGCUAAGCGCGUUUCGGACACAUCGUUUAUCCAAUCCAAGACAAAGUGCUUUGCAAUCCGAGGUUAUACAUGAAAUAGAAAAGAACAUAUUAGAUACUAGUCAUCCUGAUAACGAGGGACAACAGGCUGUUACUGCUACCAUUGAAACAGACGGAACACACGAUGAAUUGAGCGAUGAUGAUAAAACUGACAAUAAAAUUAAACAUAAACGUAGAAAAUCGUUAAAAUCGGCCACGUUUAGGCGCAGGAACUCAAGGAAAAGUAAGAAAAUGGCAAUGAAUCAAGAAAAAAGAGCAGCAAAAACUCUGGGAGUAGUGAUUGGAUGUUUUGUCUUAUGCUGGUUACCAUUUUUCAUUGUUACUUUACUUGGACCACUUUGUUUAAGCUGCUAUUUCCAUCCGUUACUAGUAAAAUCUUUAUCUUGGUUAGGAUAUUUCAAUUCUGCAUGUAAUCCAUUCAUAUAUACUUUCUUUAACAAAGACUUCAGAAAUGCAUUUAAGAAAAUGUGUUACCGGUCAAGGUCAGCUAACGUUGUUUAUUUGUGAAUAUCAGUAUUAUUGACGCUAGUGAUCUAUAUUAGUUUUGUAUUUUAAGUAUUAUUAUUAUGAUUAUUAUUAUUAUCAUUGUAUGCGAUGAAGUUUAUUAAA